GAGAGAGAGAGAGAGAGAGAGAGAGAGAGAGAGAGAGAGAGAAUAACGUUUGUGUGGCCUGGGAAGACGGACAUGAUGGUCUGCAAAAGGUGCAAACACUUCGUCGGGGAUAAUCCUGAGAAUGAUUCCUGCUACUCCCUCGUUGAUGCCGAGGAACUCUUCUCCAUUCCUUGCUGGAUUGUUGAUCAAGGAACGAAUCCCAAGUUCCUCCCUGUCUUCAAGGCCUUCCCUGCGACCUUGUGUUCACCGUUCAGACACGCGACACUCACCGCACGCUGCGACAAACAGUCGUCUGCAGCCCCCGCCCUCGAGCACGUCGCCUCUCCCUACAUGCCCCGGGCGGAGUGUUCAUCGCGACCGUAACUUACUUCGCCUCGAUCGGCUGGGAGUGGGCGUGCCGGAUGGAGCAUGGUGGCCCUGCUCUGGUCCUCCGUGUGGGCGGCGGUAUGGGCGUGCCUGUGCGCCACCCUCGAGACCAACGCGGGCGUGACGGGCCGCUCCUCGGACCCCAACGUGCAGCACGCGGACGGGGGACAGAUCUUCUCCGACCCCAAUAACCUGCCGGAGCUGCCGAUGGGCAAGCCGGACACGAUCGAGACCGACACGCCUGGCUCGCCGCUCAGCCCCUCAGACUUCGAGAAGAGCGAAGGCAUGAUCCACGACACCAUCGACACCAGCAGCCAGACGGACCCCAUCGAGAUGGCCGGCCUCUUCCAGGGAGACAUCAUGCUCGGCCCAAAGGACUCCCUCUCGGACCUGGCGCACGGCAAACAGUCGUCGGCCAGGAUGGGAAGAAGCGCUAUGAUAGACAUUCACCGUCGCUGGCCCAAUGGAAUCAUCCCCUACGUGAUAUCACAGGCCUACGAUAAAUACGCUCGGGGGACGAUCGCCAAGGCCAUGAGCGAGUUCCACAUUAAGUCCUGCAUCCGGUUCGUCCCGCGCACCAUCGAGAAGGACUACAUCCAUAUCCUGAAGGGCGACGGAUGCUCCUCCUCGGUGGGUCGCAUGCACGGGGCCCAGGAAGUGUCGCUGGGGCCCGGCUGCAUCUACGUCGGCAUCGUCAUUCACGAGUUCAUGCACGCGGCGGGAUUCUGGCACGAGCAAUCCCGCUCCGACCGCGACAACUACAUCACCAUCAAUAUGUUCAACGUGCAAAAGGGCAGGAAGAACAAUUUCGACAAGUACGGCUGGGACAAGAUUCUGAGUCUCGGCAUCCCUUAUGAUCUGGAGUCAGUGAUGCACUACGGCCCCUACGCCUUCGCCAAGCAGGGACGGCCGACCAUCAUCCCGCGGGAGAGUGGCGCCGAGAUGGGCCAGCGUCACGGCUUCUCCAAGCGGGAUGUGGAGAAGCUGCAGAAACUAUAUAACUGCGCCAACACAUCCACUUACUACUUCACCACCAACUCCCCGAUGAUCGCCGCCGCUACAGAGGAGUGUGCGGACAACGACCAGCACUAUUGCCAGACUUGGGCGGACCGCGGCGAGUGUGAGGUCAACCCUGUGUGGAUGAACAUUAACUGCAGGAAGGCGUGCAGGCAGUGCGGUAAGGAGUGCCAAGAUCAGAGUGUUUACUGCACGACUUGGAGCAAGGCUCAGGAGUGCACCAAGAAUCCCGAGUACAUGACCAUCUUCUGCAAGAAAUCCUGCGGCCUCUGUCACGAUCACGCGGCAGAUCUGAUAUCCUCCAAGCGCUGCGAGGACAAGAACAGAUACUGCGAUUCCUGGAGCAAGAUGGGCCAGUGUCACUCCAACAGCGGUUACAUGCUGCUCUACUGCAAGAAGUCCUGCCGUGUUUGCGAUGACGAGCCCACGGGCGCCCUGCUCUCGUGAAUUGCUGGCGGGUCUUCCCAAAUGUUGAUUCUUCACUUUACCCAUUUAGCAUUUUCUUGUUUAUCAUGGUGAAGAAGGCAGGUGAAUGGGAAAACGUAAGUAUCAUAUAAAGGUGCUCUCAACGAUAUGGUCCAAUUAAAAUAAGACGGAAGAAGACACCGACAGAUUAAGAUCAGUUCCCGUUAUCGAUACAGUAAAAGUUCAUUAAUUCGAAUUCCACUAGACACAAUAUCCACAUCGUUUCUCGUCUCUUCCCGGUCCGUCUUAAAAGUGGAGCUAAUUUAUUGAAUACGUGAUAUUGUACUAGCGAGGUUCAUGAUGUGCUGUUAUCUCCUCUAUUAUUCACCUUUCUAUUCAUCUAUCUAUCUAUCUUUCUUUUAUUCUCUCUUUCUUUCUCUCUCUCUUUUUCCGUCCCGUCAUAACAGUGGUUCUUGUGUACUGAAUGCGUGUGGGUUGUAGCGAGUUCAAGCAUGUGCUGAUAUAUCCUUUACUUUUCAACACGCUUACCAUAUCUUUUCAAUUAUUUACUCUGGCUCUAUAAUAUAUGCCCCUGAACCAAGCAUAAUAUAUUGGUGUUAUUGAAAUCGUUAUACAUACCAGUUAUUAAUUAGUAAAUGUCUCUCUAUGGUCUCCCUAUUGUCUUUUUUUUCAGCGGUUUCCUCACUAUCUGAAAUUACUUUGCCGCUUUGUAAUAUUCUGCUCUCUCUCUCUCUCUCUCUCUCUCUCUCUCUCUCUCUCUCUCUCUCUCCCCAGAAAACACAAAGAAUAAGAUGUAAUACCUAAUCACAAUAAAUCAUAAUCGUGUAGCCUACUCAAAAUAAAGGUCAUUGUUGAAGAAUAUGACCUACUAUUAAAAUUUAGACUAUUUUCCCCGGUAGAUAUUUAUUGAUGACGAACUUGUACUAAAAACGGUACACAUAUAUUAACGUUCCAGUAUUUACCAAUCAAUUAUAACA